UAUCAGCGACUAACGAGAUAUUUUAGCAAAUCAAAUAACAACCACAGGGGGCAUUUUCGGCACACGGCUCCGCUUUAUAAACACCCGAAUUCGUGGCCAUAACGAAAUAGAGCCAAAAUUACCCGUCAAAAUUCACAAUAGCCUGACCACUCCUUUCGUAACCACAAACAUCAUUUCCCGGUUUAUGGCCGGCGCGUGGUCGUCUCCCGUCACUGGGCGCGUGGUCGGUUCCACUGUCAUCGAGCUUACCCGAAGAAACUCCCGAACCGGAGCUUCGUUUCCGGUCCGGAUAUCCACAAGGAGGCAUGGAUUAUCAACUAGUGAAGAGCCUGAAGGACCUUCAUGUAUAUUCGUGGGACCUAUUGAGACAGCUAGCAAAGAAACCUUAGAAGCCCUCUACCGCCAGGCACGUGAUGCUUAUUACAGUGGAACGCCUUUAAUAGUUGAUGAUAUGUUUGACAGAGUAGAGUUAAGAUUGCGGUGGUAUGGUUCAAAGCAUGUAGUCAAGUAUCCCCGCUGUAGUCUCAGGCGGCAAUCAACUUAUGCUGAUGCAGAGGAAGAUCCUUCACAGGCAUUUGCAUUAGCAAGCGUAUGGUUGUUGAUUCUUGGGUUUGGGAGUUCAUUCUUGAUUGUGCCUUUAAUCUACACCAUCGUUCAGGCUUAUCAAGACACAUUUGAUUCAGGAAUGUCCUACACCGAUCAAUCUUUUGAGUUGUUUACAGUGCUCAAUGGAAUCCUCUUUAUGGUGUUGGGAUCUAUUAUAGGCUUUCCAAUUGCUACGGCAUCUGUUGGAGCACUUCAAGGACUUUGGAAAAAUGACUUGGUAGCUCUGAAAGGGUCAUGCCCAAACUGUGGUGAAGAGGUUUUUGCUUUCCUGAAAGCAGAGAAGUCCAACCGUUCCCCACAUAGAGCUGAUUGUCAUGUUUGUGGAAGCAGAUUAGAAUUUCAAACCAAUGUUGAGCAAUCCGUCGCAAGACCUGGCAAACGUUGGGUUUAUGGUCGCGUUUACUUAAUUAGACAGAGGCAAAGAUGGGCGUGACGAUGAUGUUGAUUGAAUUCCGUUCAGUUACUCCUGAUGAUCACAAAGCGUUAUGUACAACUUCUUAUCAGCCAGAGCUAAAAAUUGCGAUACAAUGACAGUUUGCCUUCUUGUGCCAAAAUCUCCAUACUAAAUAGAUUUGAAAAUUCUGCUGCAAGUGGUUGAAAAGCUGUUUGAGUUCUUAAAUCCAACUCAGUGGCACAACUCACAUCAUGAAACAUUUACUGGUACUAUAAUAGAAGAAUUCUGCCCAGAUAUUUAGAAACUAUAGUGUAUUUGCUCAUGCUUGCAGAAAAUUUAGUGAACAGAGUUGUUUUUUGUAAGAUGAAAAUAUCUCAUUUGUCAAUAUGUGAACUAGCCAUUUGGUUGAACAGAUAAUUGUUUUUAUGAACUGAAUAAAUCUCAUUUGUGUA